AUGGAUUCGAUGCGCAGCCUCAACACAUCGCUGCCGCGCACCUCGCCUCGUCGCAACCAACAACCCCCGGAAGAACUCCUCUCUGCCUUCAAGGCUGCCGCUCUUUCCGUCACAAACCUCUACAAGAAUGCUGCAUCUGAGCAGGCACGAUCACGGGCUGCUGGCUAUCAAGAUGCCUUGGACGACUUACUCUCUUUCCUCGACAAGGAGAACCUCGGCCUCGAUGACGGAGAGGGUUGGAGGGUCAGGCAAUGGGCCACCGAGCGUUUUGAUGGAGCACAUUCCGCCAGCCGGGAUAGCGAUGAUGAAGACGAGGAACAAGAAGAGCAGCCAAGAAGCUCCAGCCCUGAGGUCGUAAGGAAGCCUACCAUGGCUCCUGCUGUGACUCAGGAACAACCACAACUCGAUCCUAUCAUCGUCCACUCCGAUACACCUUCUCUUCCGCAGCAACAGCAAUCACAAGCCACACGCUCAGAUACCGCUGUUCCUCAGGCAGAUGCCUUUACGUUUCGCUCAUCAUUGGCAUACCCACCAUCACACCUCGAACGGGAAGUAGACAUGGAUGGAUCCAACAAUGGUCCCAUUGACUCGCCCAAUUCGUCAACUUCAAAUAACCCACUCAGGCUUGAAGUCCACCCCAGACGACGACACAACCACACCCGUUCAAACAACACCAACAAUACCAACAGGAUCACAUCGAUAAACCUUGGAUCUCUAGGCUCUGGUGCUGGUUCCAAGCGCAAAAACCUUGGAGACUUUUUCGACAUCUCCGGACUAUCGUUCGGAAACAACAGCAGAGAUGGUUCUGAUCGCGGAGGAAAGAGAGGGAGACAUGCAUGA